AUGUUCAACAUUUCCAAAGCAGUUGGAGGAGAUCGAUCUUCAAUUUGUGGACACAAGAUGGAUAGUUCGCCUACUCGAGCAAGUGAUGACACUGGUCGAAGAACGAAGCUGGUCAACCAGCGAAAACGAAAAGGCAGUGUGCAAAGUGUGGGGCAACAGAGACCAAAUGGCACUCGAACUGCCUACGAUUCAAAUGGGCAAAAGACUGGGGACGAUUGGUGCUCAGUUUGUGCCAUGAAAAACAAAAGAGACGUGGAAAAAGCAGCAAAAGGAAACGACUACGCAAACUGUACAUGUUUAGUGUGUGGAGGGUCCAACCUACCUGCUUGGAAGACCGCCUCGAUAUACUUGUCAAGUUGGGAGGAGAGAAACUCGGACGAGUACUUCAGAAAGCAAAGGGAUAGGAGAGACUGUUGGCACUGCUGUCGCCGCUUUCAGAAGCAGGCUAUCAAGCCGGUUUCUAACAAAGAGUGGAGAUAUGUGCGAUACUGGUGCCCAUUCCUAAAAGAGUGGACCUGUAGCCUGUGUCAUGUGAAGGGCCGAGAUGGUGGAUGUUUCGGAAUCACCAUCAGCCACCUGAAAAAUUCAGAGAUCCGGUGCGAAGAUUGUCACUGUCUUUAUGCAAUGACGCUCGGCAAGAAAUCCCUCGAUCGCACUCAGGACACUAACAUUACCUGGGAUCGUAUCAUAUGUGGGAACUGCUACCAAGAGCGAAACAAGAACUUGGACAGGAACGCCAAUAGGAAAGCCAAGACCAAUGCAAGUGGGGAGUUAGUCUUUCCCAAUAAGCAAAAUUACCCACUGAGGCCCAAAGAGCUUACAUGGCAAGAGUGGGCAGGUAAAGGCAUGGGGGAUGGACCGUUCCCCCAAACCAAACUCGCUGUUGUCUACCUGCUGCGAACCUAUGGGUGGGCGAAUUCGGGUUGA